AUAUUUCCCAAUACUUCCUGUGCAUGCGUAGUUCAGUCAACGACAAAUAUACGUAAUAGAAACGCGGCAACGUUCGGCAAAGUUCCAGGUUCCUCAGUGAAGCGAUUUCUACAAUUUAUCGCCGAGAGGUUAUAACCGGGUAUUUCGAUACCUCAUUUCAUUUCACAGUAACAGAUAUAUUUAAAAAAUGACCGAUCAGGUGAACCCGAAAGCAUACCCGCUGGCCGAUGCUACUCUGACAGCAAAGAUCUUGAAUUUGGUUCAACAAGCAAUGAACUACAAGCAGCUUCGCAAAGGAGCAAACGAAGCUACAAAGACUCUUAAUCGAGGUCUAUCAGAGUUUAUCGUGAUGGCUGCAGAUGCAGAACCUCUGGAGAUCCUACUCCACCUUCCGCUACUCUGCGAAGACAAGAAUGUUCCCUAUGUCUUUGUUCGUAGCAAGCAAGCUCUCGGACGAGCUUGCGGAGUUUCCAGACCUGUGGUUGCUUGCUCGGUAACAGUAAAUGAAGGAUCUCAACUUAAGCCACAGAUUUUGGCUAUCCAACAAGAAAUCGAACGGCUAUUAGUGUAAAGGCUGUAAUAGAAGACCUCCGGGAGUACCUGAUUCUAAAAAUUAAAACACCGCGGAAUAAAUUCGCAUAUUUUUCUACGCAAUCCUGUUUUGCUUCUUCGUCCGAGGAAGUCUACCAGAAAUUAUUUCAACGAAAAUGAAACUGAUUUAUAUGCAUAUGUAUAUGUAUAACAUACAUAUUGUAGCACUACAAAUAAUCGUAUUAUUACCAAUAUUUGAAUAUUAUACCCAUUUCUUUCAAUACCAUCUGCCGCAACCAUUUACAAAACAUUUUUGUGAAUUCGGAAGGUCAGUAAAUAAAUGAAACUUUGUAACAAAAAACAUAAUCUUUUAACUACCUUUCUUUUUGUAAUGUUGCUCUACCAGUCAUGUGAUCAGGAACUUUGCUCAUGGCUCGGCCUUUCAUGAAUAUGACUUUUCAAACUUGGAAUAAUUCAUGCAUUUCACUACAAAGAAAAAGAAACAUCUAAAAUUAAUGGCAACUGUUGUCGCAAUUGAAAAUGAGAACAAUGAAGGUUAGUUGUAAUUUUUAAAUAAAUACUGUAUUGGUUCAAAUAUAAGAUGAUUUUGGAUUUCAAAACUACGUAUCAGAAAUCAUAUUAUAAUAAUACCUAAAUAAGGGACAUCUGGAUAUAAGUCAAUAGAGUCUUCCAGUCAUAUACAGUAUCAAAAACCUGGACUCAUAUUUGAAACAAGACGGUGCUACUGUUCGUGUCUGCUCAUCUAUACACUAUUACUAUGUAUUCCAAUGGAUGCUGUUUAUUACAUAGGGGAAAUAAAAAUGGAUAAAACGUUCUAAAUACAACAUAAAACGUAACAUAUAUUUGAUUCGAAAUUAAUAAUUAAUAUGGACUGAAGCAAAGUUAAGUAAACGAGAUUAUACUCUGUGAAAUAAAACAACGAUUAAAGCAAUUACGAUUAAGGUCGAUAAAAAAAAUUUGCGCACCCACAGCUCUUCAAUAUUAACGUAUUUGUGUAAAAUAGGCCUCAAUACUCCAAGGCAUUGAAAAACUAUUUUGUA